AUGGCUAAGCCUACUCUUAUUGACAUACUUAAUAAUGAAACUUCAUAUCCCUAUUCUUUAGAUGACUUCGCUACAUUCUUAGAUCAAUCUUAUUGUUUAGAAAAUUUGGAAUUUUGGUUAGCUGUUCGUAGAUAUAAAUACUACGCUUAUAAUUUUUAUAAUUCAAAUGCUCCCCUUCCUCCAUUCUUAUCUGAAACAUACAUAUCAUUACCUAACGAUUCAUUCUAUGACGAUGCCUCCCUUCGAGGUGAUGCACCAGCUCAUCAUGAAUUCUUGAAACAAAAGCUUGAUGAUAUAAUUACCACAUUUAUUCUUCCAAACUCACAAAAAGAAAUUAACAUAGAUUCCUCAGUACGUGAGGACCUGUUAACGAAUGUAUUUUCCUACAAUAAUUACGACCCUUCAAUAUUGGAAGUUGUAAAUAAUCAUGUAUUCGAAUUGAUGCAAAGUUCAAUUUUCUCUCAAUUCCUCUUAGAGGCAGGCAAUGUUGAGUUACGGAUGUCAAGUGAAAGUGAAAGUCAAGAUUCAGACAAUUCAGCUUCCAGUCCAAGUGGAAGUAUAUCACAACGUAGUGUAUUAAGAACGAAGACAGGAAGAAAACAAAAGUUUAGUGGAUUGAAAUUAAAAGAAAAAUAUAGAAAAUUAAUUAAAUCCACUCCAAAAAUUGGAGCUGCCUCGUAA